AUGCGCCGUCCGGUAAGUUCCCUCCCUCAGUUCCCUCCCUCAGUUCCUUCCCUCAAUUCCCUCCCUCAGUUCCUUCCCUCAGUUCCCUCCCUCAGUUCCCUCCCUCAGUUCCCUCCCUCAGUUCCCUCCCUCAGUUCCCUCCCUCAGUUCCCUCCCUUAGUUCCCUCCCUCAGUUCCCUCCCUCAGUUCCCUCCCUCAGUUCCCUCCCUCAGUUCCCUCCCUCAGUUCCCUCCCUCAGUUCCCUCCCUCAGUUCCCUCCCUCAGUUCCCUCCCUCAGUUCCCUCCCUCAGUUCCCUCCCUCAGUUCCCUCCCUCAGUUCCCUCCCUCAGUUCCCUCCCUCAGUUCCCUCCCUCAGUUCCCUCCCUCAGUUCCCUCCCUCAGUUCCCUCCCUCAGUUCCCUCCCUCAGUUCCCUCCCUCAGUUCCCUCCCUCAGUUCCCUCCCUCAGUCCCUCCCUCAGUCCCUCCCUCAGUUCCCUCCCUCAGUUCCCUCCCUCAGUUCCCUCCCUCAGCUCCCUCCCUCAGUUCCCUCCCUCAGUUCCCGCCCUCAGUUCCCUCCCUCAGUUCCCUCCCUCAGUUCCCUCCCUCAGUUCCCUCCCUCAGUUCCCUCCCUCAGUUCCCUCCCUCAGUUCCCUCCCUCAGUUCCCUCCCUCAGUUCCCUCCCUCAGUUCCUACCCUCAGUUCCUCCCUCAGUUCCCUCCCUCAGUUCCCUCCCUCAGUUCCCUCCCUCAGUUCCCUCCCUCAGUUCCCUCCCUCAGUUCCCUCCCUCAGUUCCCUCCCUCAGUUCCCUCCCUCAGUUCCCUCCCUCAGUUCCCUCCCUCAGUUCCCUCCCUCAGUUCCCUCCCUCAGUUCCCUCCCUCAGUUCCCUCCCUCAGUUCCCUCCCUCAGUUCCCUCCCUCAGUUCCCUCCCUCAGUUCCCUCCCUCAGUUCCCUCCCUCAGUUCCCUCCCUCAGUUCCCUCCCUCAGUUCCCUCCCUCAGUUCCCUCCCGCAGUUCCCUCCCUCAGUUCCCUCCCUCAGUUCCCUCCCUCAGUUCCCUCCCUCAGUUCCCUCCCUCAGUUCCCUCCCUCAGUUCCCUCCCUCAGUUCCCUCCCUCAGUUCCCUCCCUCAGUUCCCUCCCUCAGUUCCCUCCCUCAGUUCCCUCCCUCAGUUCCCUCCCUCAGUUCCCUCCCUCAGUUCCCUCCCUCAGUUCCCUCCCUCAGUUCCCUCCCUCAGUUCCCUCCCUCAGUUCCCUCCCUCAGUUCCCUCCCUCAGUUCCCUCCCUCAGUUCCCUCCCUCAGUUCCCUCCCUCAGUUCCCUCCCUCAGUUCCCUCCCUCAGUUCCCUCCCUCAGUUCCCUCCCUCAGUUCCCUCCCUCAGUUCCCUCCCUCAGUUCCCUCCCUCAGUUCCCUCCCUCAGUCCCUCCCUCAGUUCCCUCCCUCAGUUCCCUCCCUCAGUUCCCUCCCUCAGUUCCCUCCCUCAGUUCCCUCCCUCAGUUCCCUCCCUCAGUUCCCUCCCUCAGUUCCCUCCCUCAGUUCCCUCCCUCAGUUCCCUCCCUCAGUUCCCUCCCUCAGUUCCCUCCCUCAGUUCCCUCCCUCAGUUCCCUCCCUCAGUUCCCUCCCUCAGUUCCCUCCCUCAGUUCCCUCCCUCAGUUCCCUCCCUCAGUUCCCUCCCUCAGUUCCCUCCCUCAGUUCCCUCCCUCAGUUCCCUCCCUCAGUUCCCUCCCUCAGUUCCCUCCCUCAGUUCCCUCCCUCAGUUCCUUCCCUCAGUUCCCUCCCUCAGUUCCCUCCCUCAGUUCCCUCCCUCAGUUCCCUCCCUCAGUUCCUUCCCUCAGUUCCCUCCCUCAGUUCCCUCCCUCAGUUCCCUCCCUCAGUUCCCUCCCUCAGUUCCCUCCCUCAGUUCCCUCCCUCAGUUCCCUCCCUCAGUUCCCUCCCUCAGUUCCCUCCCUCAGUUCCCUCCCUCAGUUCCCUCCCUCAGUUCCCUCCCUCAGUUCCCUCCCUCAGUUCCCUCCCUCAGUUCCCUCCCUCAGUUCCCUCCCUCAGUUCCCUCCCUCAGUUCCCUCCCUCAGUUCCCUCCCUCAGUUCCCUCCCUCAGUUCCCUCCCUCAGUUCCCUCCCUCAGUUCCCUCCCGCAGCUCCCUCCCGCAGUUCCCUCCCUCAGUUCCCUCCCUCAGUUCCCUCCCUCAGUUCCCUCCCUCAGUUCCCUCCCUCAGUUCCCUCCCUCAGUUCCCUCCCUCAGUUCCCUCCCUCAGUUCCCUCCCUCAGUUCCCUCCCUCAGUUCCCUCCCUCAGUCCCUCAGUUCCUUCCCUCAGUUCCUUCCCUCAGUUCCUUCCCUCAGUUCCUUCCCUCAGUUCCCUCCCUCAGUUCCUUCCCUCGGUUCCCUCCCUCGGUUCCUUCCCUCGGUUCCCUCCCUCGGUUCCUUCCCUCGGUUCCCUCCCUCAGUUCCCUCCCUCAGUUCCUUCCCUCAGUUCCUUCCCUCAGUUCCCUCCCUCAGUUCCCUCCCUCAGUUCCCUCCCUCAGUUCCCUCCCUCAGUUCCCUCCCUCAGUUCCCUCCCUCAGUUCCUUCCCUCAGUUCCUUCCCUCAGUUCCCUCCCUCAGUUCCUUCCCUCAGUUCCCUCCCUCAGUUCCCUCCCUCAGUUCCCUCCCUCAGUUCCCUCCCUCAGUUCCCUCCCUCAGUUCCCUCCCUCAGUUCCCUCCCUCAGUUCCCUCCCCCAUGCAUCUCCUGUAGAACAGGCGACCGUCCAGCAGAGCGGUGGAUGCAGAUGCAGGCAUGCUGUAUCACGCCUGUGCCAUCGCUACCAUCAUGGUAA